AUGACGAGUCGACUUCCGAAACUGAUCGCGUUCGACCUAGACUAUACGCUCUGGGACCUGUGGAUUGAUACCCAUGUCACCCCCCCGCUGCGGAGAGAAGGGAACACGUUGAACCAGGUGCUCGAUAGAUACAACGAGAAGAUCGAGUUCUACCACGAAGUGCCCCAGAUCCUCCAUCGCCUGCGCUCAGCAGGCGUUAUCAUCGCAGCAUGUUCCCGCACGUCCGCACCCGGCCUUGCCCGACGUGCCCUGCAGCUCCUCCUUGUACCCCCACGAGCGGGGGACAAGCACGGGAAACCUACGCCAGCGAUAGAGUUCUUUGAUCAGAUGGAGAUAUAUCCAGGCUCGAAGAUAACGCACUUCAAGAAGCUGCACCAGAAAACCGGCCUCCCGUACUCUGAAAUGUUAUUCUUCGACGACGAGCACCGGAACAAAGAGGUCGAGUCGCUCGGUGUUACCUUCUGCCUAGUGCGCAACGGCACGAACGAGCGCACUCUCGAAGCCGGGCUCGCAGAGUGGCGGAAACGGCACCCAGAAGAGGUGGUUGAGGACGCGGCAGGCUCAGCUUGAAUACUUACCUAUGUACAGUGUGAGGCGCUCAAAAUCGACCACUCGGCAAUAGGCGAGCCGCGGAUCCUAUCACGGUCGUGAGAAAAUACUUUCAGGUCCCAAAAACCAGACCAAUCGAUUCCUUUUCACGA